UCUUCCUCGUUAGGAAGCUCACUCGAACUCGCAAGGGUCAGUCCGAUUCUACCUGGACCGUAAUAUGCACCUUACAUCCUGCACUGUCUUAGGAAAAAAUGUCUUGUGCAAAUAAGGAUCCAGAGAUUCCCAACGACAGGAAAAUCACUGUUUGGCCACAAUGGCUUACCGCCUUUGCAAUUACGCUAGAAUCCAUCGUUACUGGUCUGGCCAACGGCUGGGCUUCCCCGUAUUUAGCGCAAUUAACAUCAGCGGAAGCAAAUGUUGCCUUGAAACUGACCGCUAUUGAGGCAUCUUGGGUAGCGUCCCUUUUAAGUCUUGGACGUGUAAUUGGGGCGUUUAUCGGUGCAUUUUGUCAAGAAUACACCGGGCUGAAGAAAGUGAUGCUGUUAUCGAGUUUGCUGUUACUCUCUAGUUGGAUUCUCAACAUCUGCGCCACAUCGGUCAUGUGGCUGUACCUUUCCAGAUUAUGCUCCGGAAUCGGAUCGGGUGUUAUGUGGCCCGCGAUAUCCUUGUACCUUGGCGAGAUCGCCAAUCCUGCUAUCCGAGGAUCUCUGAUAUCCUUGAUAGUGAACGCAGCAUCAAUGGGUAUGUUCUUGGGCAAUGUGAUGGGUCCUUAUCUGUCCAUGGAGAUGUUCUGUUAUGUGAGCAUCGUACCGAAUAUCCUCUUCAUGAUCCUCUUCAGUCUAAUACCUGAGUCACCCUAUCAUUAUGCUCUUCACGGUAAUAUCGAUGAAGCUGAGGCAUCUCUCAAAUGGUUCCGACGAGAGACUAACGUCAAGGCCGAAAUACAGGAGCUUCAGGACUUUGUUGAUGGCGCGAACACCAGCAUUUUAACAAAACUCAAGGACUUUUUAUUACCAGUAAAUUUGAAGAACGUUUUUAUCUUGUUCGGCUUGUUCAUCUUCGUCCAAGCGAGUUCGUUCAGCACAAUAAACGCCUAUGCAGAGCUCAUCGUUAUCAGUACCAAAGUAACCAUCACUCCAUCGAUCUUGGUAAUAGCGAUGUGUUUCACCACAGUUGUUGCUGGUUUUAUCGCUGUCUUGUUGGUGGACAGAUUUGGUCGGAAGAAUCUGAUAAUGCUUUCCAGCGUCGGCGUCACCAUUUCAUUCAUCGCUCUUGGUCUUCACUUUUAUCUCCUUUCUCUGAACUUUGAUCCUGAAAAACUGACAUGGUUGUCAACCACAUCAUUGCUAUGCUUUAAUCUAUUUGUGUCUUGUGGUCUAUCCACGGUACCUACCACUCUUGUAGGUGAGAUGUUCCCAGCAAAUCUCAAGAAUUUAGCGUCUCUUUGCAUUUUUUCGAGCAACGCUCUACUUUCCUUCAUAUUUGUCAAGAGCUACCAACCUAUUGUUAAUUUAGCCGGAGAAACAAUCGUCUUUUGGAGUUAUGGACUUUUUGUACUUGGAGCAGUGCCCUAUGUGCGGUAUUUGAUCCCCGAAACGACAGGCAAAAGUUUAUUAGAAAUUCAACGAUCCAUUAAAAAAUAAAACAACAUAAUUUG